AUGAUCAAUGAUAGCUACUUUGGUGGUUUUAUACUCCUUGGUUUCCCUGGGCAGCCUCAACUGGAGAUGAUCGUCUCUGGGGUUGUCUUUUUCUUCUACACUAUUGCCUUGAUAGGAAAUAUCGCCAUCAUCCUGCUGCCGUUACUAGAUGAACGUCUCCAAAUUCCUAUGUACUUCUUCCUUAGAAAUUUGGCCAUCUUGGAUCUCUGUUAUACCACAAAUAUAGUCCCACAGAUGUUGGUCAAUGUUUGGGGUAAAGACAAAAAAAUCUCUUUCAGUGGCUGUGCCUUUCAACUUUUCAUUGAUGUGACAUUAUGCACAGUUGAAUGCAUGCUCCUGGCUGUGAUGUCCUAUGACAGAUACAAUGCUGUCUGCAAACCUCUACAUUAUAUGACAAUAAUGAACCCUCAACUCUGUCAAGGCCUAGUGACCAUAACCUGGAUAAUUGGUAUCAUUAAUUGCAUGAUACUCUCUCCCUAUGCUAUGAGUCUUCCUCGAUGUGAAAACCACCACCUGGAUCACUAUUUCUGUGAGAUAUCUGCAAUGGUCAAAAUUGCAUGUGUGGACACCACAGUCAUGGAAGAAAUAUUAUUUGCAUUGUGUUUUUUUAUUUUCCUCCCACCACUUCUUCUCAUUCUGGUUUCAUAUGGCCUCAUUGCUGUAGCUGUGCUCAAGAUCAAGUCUGCAGCCGGGAGACAAAAAGCAUUUGGGACCUGUUCCUCCCAUCUCAUUGUGGUAUCCAUCUUCUAUGGGACUGUUAUCUACAUGUACAUCCAACCAGGAAACAGUCCAUCUCAGGAUGAGGGUAAACUGCUCAGUAUCUUUUAUUCCAUUGUUACUCCCAGCUUGAACCCACUGAUCUAUACACUAAGGAAUAAGGAGUUCAAGGGGGCCAUGAAGAGGUUGAUUAGGAAAGAAAAACUUUCUAGAGAAACAAUAGGACACUAA